GUAAUAAUAAUUCUAAGUACAUGACUCUCAACAUUCAGAAUGGAAUCUCUAUAAUUGUUUGGAAGCUCUAGGAAGUAUCACCCAUCCACUGUUAUUAAAUCCAACUGAACACAUUUAGAAGGAUUUCUGUCUUCAGUUUAUCAUGUUGAAAUUAAGAAUAGGAUUUUUCGUGCAUCAACAUAAAUUGUCCAUCAGAUCAACUGCUUCCAUCAUCAGAACACAAAACUUGUCUUCUUCUUGUUUAAAAGUAACCAGCACAUCUUCAAUUGCCAAUCACUCGAGAUCUAGAUCACCUGUUUUGAUACCAUCUCGGACAUUUUGGGAAACAUUUCCUUCAUCUGUGCGCUCCUUUCAUGCAAAAGAUGAUCUUGACAAAGAUAAUUAUGAACUAGUAUACCGUAACAAACUUUUCAAUUAUGCCUUCUAUGCACAAUUGGUUAGUGAACUUACACUUGCUGCUCAAACUGGAUUUGCUCUGUAUCAUGGUAUAAAUUAUCUUUUAGCAAAAGAAAUUGUUCCAGCAGUUACACAAAUUGGUUCUUUCACAGUAACUUAUGACUUGAUAUCUUUAGGGGCAUUGACACUUUUUACUAUACAAAAUGGUUUUGUCUUCAUGGCAGCUCAGAAGGCUUUGCUUAGGGUUUAUCACAAAAAGGACACUGAUGAAUAUGUUUUUGUAUCAUUAGCUGUGAAUCCAUUUAAAACUCGAAAAGUAAUAUGUAAACCUGGAAAAUUGAAAUGUCUACAUAUUAAUAAAUUGAUGGGAAUGAUUUUUGGAAAUUUUGAGACUGAGGAACGAAGGUAUUUUUUAAGACAUGAGCAUUUUAAAACUAAUUAUCAUUAUAAUAGAUUAGUUUAUGAGGAUUAUUGAUGAUAGGUAAUCCAUUUGAAAUUCAAAAGGUAAUCUGUAUACUAGUAAUCUGGACUACUGAUAUGUCAGCAUAUCUUGUGGUGAUAAUACUUGGAAAAUGUAAGAUUUAGGGCUGAUGAUAUUGUCUAAGACAUGAACGUUUUAAAUCUAAUUAUCAUUGUAAUAGGUUAAUUACAAUGAUAAUUAUAAGUUAAUAUGAAGAUAAUAGAUAUGAAGAUAUGAAGUUAAUAUGAAGAUUAUUGAUGAUUGUGUUGAUGUUAGUACUGGUUUAAAUUUAUCUUUUUUUCUUUUAUAUUCAUUUAAUACUUUUUAAUUGCAAGUUUUUAGUUAAUUCAAGAACAGAAAUAUUUUUAAGAAUAAUUAUCACAGAAUCAACUAUGUAAAAUGUCAACUAAAUAUUGUAGUAUAAAUGUUAAAGACUGAUUUUCUGAGUUAUUUUGUGAAAAAUAUGUUUCUAUUUACAAACAGCAAUUAUUUUAACUUUCAGAAAACAUAAUUAAUAGUUUAAGGAAAUAAAUAGGAAUACUGACUUGAAGCAUUUGGAUUGUAGAAUAUUCAUUAUGUGUUUGUAAAAUGAAAUUGACUUUUCCCGUUUCUCAAAUAAAAUUCUAAAAUUGAAAAAUUUAUUGCUUAUGUGCUUAAAAAAUGUUCUUUAAAAUCAAUACUGCAAAAAAAGAAGAAAAAAAAUUGUUUUGUUUAAAAAGUUUUCUGUAUUAGAAUAGUUCUUAAAUAUUAUUAGUUAAUAAGAAAAAGUGAAGAAGCAUAUUUUUUGUUUAAAUUAAACAGUGUUUCAUAUUUUUAUGUUGCUUUGCAAAUGAUUGUAAAAGAAUAGCAGUGGUCAAGUGAUUUUGACUAGUAUGCAAAAUAAAUUUCAUUCCUUAAAAAAUACAUAAUAUAAAAUUUGUAAAAGUUUGAAAGUUUGCAAAUUAAAUGGAAAGUAGAAGCUUCUUCAAGGAAUACAAGCCUUGUUGUACAACUCACAUUGUGCCAUAAUUUGCAAUGGAGCAUAGUAUCGAAAUCUGAAAUUCAGGAUUAGCCAUUUAUAUAUUCAAAAUAGGAAUCUACACAAAGCUCAAUUGUGCAAAUCAGAUGUAUUAUUACCUAUUGGGAUUAAACAUCUUUCAUUUGGAGAGAUUUUCCAUUCUGAGUAUGUGUGUGGGGAGUUCCUAACAUGUUUAUGAUCAUUCUCUGACUUCAGCUUUGAAAUAUGAAGUCUUUUCCUAAACUACUGUAAUGUGAUUUGAAAGAGGAUGUUAAUCUAAUCAAGUGGCAUUCAUAUCUUAUUCACACUUUGUCCUUGACUUCAAUUAAUUAACUACUCCGAGCAUAGACAAAUAAUGUAGUACAAUAAAAUCCCUCUUAACUGGCAACAAUAGAACCUUCCAGUGCUGGUUUCGGAAUACUUUCUGGAUUGUUGGAUGUUUUCUAGAUAUGUUUCUAGAACUUACUUAAUUUUAUGAUGCCAUUUGUAGAAUGACAUCAAGCUGGUCAUGUUUUACCUUCUGCCAGACGCAAUUAAAUUGAUAUUUAUACAUAUUUGUUAAAAUUAAAACAUACAUGCAAUUUUGUUUUGAUUUGCAAGGAUGUUAAACAGUAUUUUAAAAUUAUGAUAUUUAUUGUUAUAAGAAAAACAAAUACAUUUCAUAAUGUGAUGACAUAUAACUUUAAAUUGAUUGUAAUAUUUCAAACUUCUUGUCAGAGUUUUAAAAAUCCUCUCUAUAUACAUUGAAACCUCUUAGGAGCAUAAAUGAAUACUGUUAAGAAAAUAUUAUAAAUCUAUGAAUACCCUUUAUAUUUUUCUUCCUGCAUAACAUUUAUGAUUUCUGUCAUCUCCAUCCUCUUCUCUUCAUCAUUAUCAUCAUCAUCUUUUCCAAUACUGUGCCAUUAUUUCAUGAACAUCAAGAGAGAGUUUGAUAGAAGUAGAGAGUUACAUCCUCUUAAAUCACCUGUACCUUACAUACAUUUUGUUAUCUCAUAAGUUUAUAAUUUGACAUAAAUUUAUGGCUUCAAAAGUGUCAUUUUUUAUUACAGAUUUUGCUACAAGGAGGAAUAAAUCUUGCUAUAAAGUCUUUGUGAUCUAAAAAUGAAAUAAAUUUCAUUCAUUUCUUUUGUUAUUACUUUUUAAUUAAAUAUUAAAAUCUGAACUGUCAUUACGAAAAUGUAUGUCUAAAAUAAGUUUAAGAUUAUUUUUUAAUAAGAACUGAAAGUGCAAUUAUAUUUUUUACGUGUACUAGUAAAAAUAUUAUUUAACUGUGAAUAUAUAUUUCCAUCAGCAUGAUGAAUACAUAUGGUAAUUCAAAAUGCUGAAAUACAUGAUCUGCUAUUUUUUGCAUGCUUUUCAUGAUUUUUAUAUAUAUCUUAAAUUGUUAGAUUUGCUAUUUAUUUUUGUAAUUUAU